AAAUGUUCUUUUGAGGCCAAAGUCUGGGUAUAUAUGAAUGCAAAUCCUCACUCAUUCACAUAUAAGCCCAGCAGUCUCGACUGAGAGGAGAUCACUUUUCUGUAGGACAUUUGCCCAGGUGCAGAAUGACCACAUGUUGUUGGUGUACGCCAGGUGGUGUUUCCACCAUUGACUUCUUAAAGUGCUAUGUGUCUAAGACCCAAUCCAGUGAAUUUCAAACAGCUGAUGAAGACCUCUGCUACUGCUUAGAGUGUGUGACUGAAUACCACAAAGCAAGAGAUGAAGUACCAUUCUUGCAUGAGGUUUUAUGGGAAUUAGAAACCUCACGUCUCAUAAAUCACUUCGAAAAAUCCAUGAAGGCAGAAAUUGGAGAGGAUGAUGAAUUAUAUAUAGUAGACAACAAUGGAGAGGCACAACUGUUUGACUUUACUGGCCAAGACUUUGAAAAUAAGCUUCGAGUUCCUCUUCUUGAAAUACUCAAAUAUCCUUACCUGCUUCUACACGAACGUGUUAAUGAAUUAUGUGUUGAAGCACUUUGUCGGAUGGAACAAGCCAAUUGCUCCUUUCAGGUGUUCGACAAACAUCCGGGGAUCUAUUUGUUCUUGGUCCAUCCCAAUGAAAUGGUUCGACGCUGGGCUAUCCUGACUGCAAGAAACUUGGGAAAAGUGGACAGAGAUGAUUAUUAUGACUUACAAGAUGUUUUAACUUGCCUUUUUAAAGUCAUCGAGUUGGGGCUUUUAGAAAGUCCAGACAUUUAUACGUCUUCUGUCCUUGAGAAGGGUAAACUGAUUCUUCUGCCCUCACACAUGUAUGAUACUACCAACUACAAAAACUAUUGGUUAGGUAUUUGCAUGUUGCUGACCAUUCUUGAGGAGCAAGCCAUGGAUUCUCUGUUGUUGGGCUCAGACAAACAAAAUGAUUUUAUGCAGUCAAUACUUCACACCAUGGAGAGGCAGUCAGAUGAUGAGAGUGUGGAUCCUUUCUGGCCAGCAUUACAUUGUUUCAUGGUGAUUCUGGAUCGCCUGGGAUCCAAGGUCUGGGGUCAGCUUAUUGACCCCAUUGAGGCAUUGCAAACCAUUAUCAACAAUGUGAGCUACAAUCGGGAGAUCCAACACAUACGGAACAGUUCUGUGAGGACCAAGUUAGAGCCAGAAUCAUAUUUGGAUGAUAUGGUGACUUGCAGCCAGAUUGUAUACAAUUAUAAUCCUGAAAAGACCAAAAAGGAUUCUGGAUGGAGAUCAGCCAUUUGCCCAGAUUAUUGUCCUAACAUGUAUGAAGAAAUGGAAACAUUAGCCAGUGUACUUCAGUCAGAUAUUGGUCAAGACAUGCGUGUUCAUAACAGCACAUUUUUGUGGUUCAUACCUUUUGUUCAGUCCCUCAUGGAUCUUAAGGAUUUAGGUGUGGCUUACAUAGCAGAGGUUAUUCAUCAUCUGCACUCCGAAGUCAAAGAUGUCCUCAACCAAACAGAUGCUGUGUGUGACAAAGUCACUGAAUUUUUUCUUCUAAUUUUGGUAUCAGUGAUUGAACUGCACAGAAAUAAAAAAUGUUUGCAUUUGCUAUGGAUUAGUUCCCAACAAUGGGUGGAAGUCGUCGUAAAAUGUGCCAAGCUUCCUACCACAGCAUUUGCACGGAGUUCUGAGAAGUCAUCUGGAAAUUGCUCCAAAGGAACGGCAAUGAUAUCAUCACUGUCGUUGCAUUCAAUGCCAUCUAACUCUGUACAGCUUGCAUGUGUGCAACUGAUUAGAAGUCUCCUUAAAGAAGGUUAUCAGCUUGGGCAGCAAACUAUUUGUAAGCGAUUUUGGGAUAAGCUUAACUUAUUCCUUCGGGGAAAUUUAUCUCUAGGUUGGCAGUUGACUAGUCAGGAAACCCAUGAGUUACAAACAUGUUUAAAGCAAAUUAUUAGAAAUGUAAAAUCAAAAGUACCUCCAUGUAGCACUUUAGUGGAUCUGACUCUUACAUGUAAAACCCCUCCUGCAUCUUAUAAUAAAGAAGAAAGUGAACAAAUAGGGAAGAAGUCUGUAAAAGACAUACAUUGUCUAGAAAACUCCAGCCCAACAUUUUCUAAAGAACUGAUGAAAGCUGACAUAUAUCAACUACCAGAAAGUAUAUCAAUCAAAGCAAGUAACACUGUAGAAGAAGAGGAUAAUGAGCAAAAUUAUAUGAAGGAUUUGAAAUUAGAAGACCAUCGGUCAGCUGAGUCAUGCUUAAAGCAGGGUAGUAAAAGCCUUUUUAUUAAAAAAGCUCAGGAUCAAAUUAAAAGUACAAGGAAGCAGAAGUCUGUAAAAGAGAACUCCUCAUAUACCCCACAGAAUUGUACUUCAAGAAAUGGUCCAGGAAGGGGAAGCGACAGAGAAAUAACAUCAACACAUUUUUUGACUGAUUCUAGCACUGAAUCUCUGGAAAAAGUGUCCGCAUCAAAUGCAGAUUUCUCUUUCAAGGAUGAUGCUCUUGGUAAAACCUCAAAACCAAAAACGAAGACACAGAAGAAAGAUGAAAUCUGUGCAAAGUUAUCACACGUAAUAAAGAAGCAACAUGGGAAAAGAACUUUGGUCCGUAAUGCUGUUGAUUUAGAGGAAAACCUGACUGCAUCUAACACUGAGAGUUUCUAUUCAGGGAAAGAUACAGAAGUUCAGAAAGGGGAUGGCUUUAUACACAAUCUAUCUUCAAACCCUAGUGGUAUUCCAGAUGAUAAUAAAAAUGGAGAACAAAAAUCCCAAAAUAGCUUAUUACUGAAAAAGAAACAAGUAAAGAAUGAAGAGUUAGAUAUUUUCUCUUCCCUUGAAAACAAUUGUAAAGUACAGGAACAUCAUCUUGAUCAAGAUUUGGUCUCAUUUACAGAAAUGACUGAUACUUUAGUGAAGAAAACGUCUCCCUUUAAAGCUCCGAUGACUGUAGUUGAAUUGAGAGAGAAGGAAAUGAGUAAGAGUACUCUGGUUUCUUGUAACUUGACAAUAGGACAGGCCCCUGGCAUCAGUCCUAAGUCUGAAACCUUAACGGAUUCUCAGAUAGACAGAGACCUCCACAAGUUAUCUUUAAUGGCUCAAGCCAGUGUUACUAAGUUUCCAUCAGAUUCAACUCAAAAAAGCUCAUCUCAGCUCCAAAGAAAAGUAAAAGAUGAAAAAAGGUAUUUCACAGCUAACCAAAAUAAUGUUGGAGACACUGGCGGUGGACAGGUUAUUAUUAUUUCAGAUUCUGAUGAUGAAGAUGAAGGAAUUCUGAGUGAUGAGAAACACAUGAAACAGGACAAAACAUGCGUGGAGAAAGAAUGUCCAGAGCAGCACGUUUCAGUAGUUACUAGUAAUGUAGAAAAGAAGCCAAUAAAGAAAGAACAAACAAAGUCUCUUCCGCAGUUCGAGGAUUCUGAUUCUCAGUUUUUUGAGUUUGAAAGUCCAUCUGAAGUGUUUUCAGUUUGGCAGGAUCAUAAACUAGAUAGUUCAGUUCAAGAAGAUGAAAAAAAUUCAUGUUCGACUCACAUGACUGAUACCACAAAUAUUUGGGAUGAUGAUGAUACAGAUUAUGCAUCUAAAGAGGUUAUUAAAAAAGAAGGCAUUGAAGGACACACAGAAGCACAGAGUAGUAUUUCUGUUGAGGAAUUUCAUGAAACUGAAGGGAAAAAACCUAAGAGAAAACGAUUUACAAAAAAAACAGUGGCUAAAGAUCCUCUGAGCCCUUCAUGUGCUGCCAGAAGUGAGGACCAGUCUCAUAUUAAUGAGAAAGAGAUUCCUGAAAAUGAUUUUAAAAAAAGUGUAGACAUAAAGACUACAACUUCCAAUUCAAGUAUUCAGAAAGCCACUACGGUUUCCCCAAGGAAGUCUUCUCCAAAGCUUCGUACUUGUCCAGAACCCGUUAGGAGAGUCCCACUUUCUAAAACCCCUAAGAAAGCACAUUCAGAUACCAGAAAAGGGCAGAGUAAAAAUUCAAAUUACAUACGUUGUAGAACAUCUCCUGCGAUAGUGCCACCAAAGAAAUUUCGCCAGUGUCCUGAACCAACCUCAACAGCUGAGAAACUUGGUCUGAAAAAGGCUCCUCGUAAGGCAUUUGACUUGUCCCAGCGAUCUUUAGAGUCUUUAGUUCAAUUACGUGAUCAUGGCAAAACUGUUGGAGUAGUCGAUACCAGAAAAAAAACUAAAUUAAUUCCUCCUCAGACUCUUUCUGUCAAAAAUAAUAAGAAACUCCUAACCAGUCAAGAUCUCCAGAUGCAAAGGCAGAUAAGACACAAAUCACAACGAAAUAGACAAGGGCUCGUUGAUUAUGGAAGUACGGAUGCUACAAAAGCAGUGCCACAUACAGCACAGAAUUCUGACACAUUUGUACCAGAAUCUGAUAAGUUAGAUUAUAAUUAUACAGGAGGAACUAAGGUACUUGCCAACGGUAAUGGAAAACAGUUAAAAAAAUGCAUGUCUUCUGAACCAGAAACCAUAAAAGCAAAAUGUGUUUCUCAGGCAACUGAUGAUGCUUGUCUUUUGAACCAGUGUGAUUCUGUAGUGUUAAAUGGAAUACCAACAAAUGAAAUAAUAGUCUCCACUUCAGAGGACCCUUUAGCUGGAGGUGAUCCAAUAGUACAUCCUAUAGAGGUGGCAACUUUGAAAGAGGGAGAAUCUGAAUCCAACAGUGAUAUAGAGGACGAUAAUUUAUUUUUAACACAAAAUGAUCCUGAAGAUAUGGAUUUGUGUUCACAAGUGGAGAAUGAUAAUGUUAAACUCAUUGAAGUAGUUCAUGGAAAAGAUACAGUUCAGGUAGAAGUUUCUUUAAGUUGGCCUCAGUUGGAAUCUUUGAGUGGCACAAAGUGUAAGUACAAAGAUUGUGUUGAAGUCAGGAAAAACCAGAGUGAAUACUGCUCAAAGCACUCUGAAGCUAAAGCAGCAGAUGAAGAUGUGUUUCGUAAACCUGGCCUGCCUCUUUCUGCAUCUAAACCUUCAAGACCUUCCACUGCGAAGAUUUUUAGCUCAAGAAGUACUUCACGAAUUGCUAAUCUUUCCAGGUCUUUGGAAAAUGCUACAGCACUUCCACCAGCUCUAAAAAAUAAGCCAAAUGGGGUACAAUCUAUUUUGAAAGUACCACAGGCAGCUCCUAUAAUAUUUCAGAAGCCAGUGGGGGAAAUGAAGAGUUUGUGCAAUGUUCUUCAUCCUCAGACUCCAGAUAAUUCUAACAGGCAAGGUUACAAACUUCUGUUUGGUGAGAACAAAUCUUUUUCAACUUCCUCUCCAGUAAACAUUCUGUUAUCAUCACAGUCUAUCUCUGACACCUUUGUUAAAGAGGUCUUAAAAUGGAAGUAUGAAAUGUUUUUGAACUUCGAUCAGUGUGGGCCCCCUGCAAGUCUUUGUCAGUCCAUCUCAAGACCUGUGCCUGUCAGAUUUCAAGAUUGCGAAGAUUAUUUUCAUGUCUUUUUCCCUUUGAUGAUACUGAAUACUUUUGAAACGGUGGCUCAGGAAUGGCUCAGCUCUCCAAAUAAAGAGAAUUUCUAUCAGUUGCAUUUAAGAAAAUUUCCUGCUGAUUAUAAAAAAUACUGGGAGUUUGUGGUUUAUCUGGAGGAAUGUGAACUGGCUAAACAGCUACAUCCAAAGGAAAAUGAUUUGGUGUUUUUGGUUCCUGAGAGACAGAACGGAGAGAAGAAAGAUAUAGAGAGAAAUUGCAUGCAGGAUCUCCAUGAAUAUCAUUGUGGUUAUGUUCACAAGUUUCGCCGCACUUCAGUCAUGCGUAAUGGGAAAUCUGAGUGUUCCCUUUCCAUCCAGACUCAAGAUAACCUGCCAGCCAAUUUAAAUGAGCUUGUGAAGUGUAUUGUAAUCAGUUCUCUGGUAACUACGCAAAGGAAGUUGAAAGCCAUGUCUCUCUUGAAUGGUCGGAACCAACUGGCUAGAGCUGUUCUAAAUCCAAACCCCAUGGACUUCUGUACAAAAGAUUUACUGACUACAACGUCUGAGAGAAUUAUUGCCUACCUAAAAGAUUUCAACGAAGACCAAAAGAAAGCGAUAGAAACUGCAUAUGCCAUGGUGAAACAAUCACCAUCAGUUGCCAAAAUCUGCCUAAUUCAUGGACCACCUGGAACAGGAAAAUCAAAAACUAUUGUUGGCCUCCUGUACCGCUUGCUGACAGAGAACCAGAGGAAGGGGCAUUCAGAUGAAAACUUCAAUGCCAAAAUCAAACAGAACCGUGUCCUUGUGUGUGCACCAUCCAAUGCAGCUGUGGAUGAACUUAUGAAAAAAAUUAUCCUCGGAUUCAAAGAAAAGUGUAAAGACAAGAAGAAUCCUUUGGGAAACUGUGGAGAUAUAAAUUUAGUACGACUGGGUCCAGAAAAGUCUAUUAAUAAUGAGGUUCUAAAAUUCAGUUUGGACAGCCAAGUUAACCACAGAAUGAAAAAAGACUUACCUUCUCAUGUUCAGGAUAUGCAUAGAAAAAAGGAUUCUCUAGAUCAUCAACUAGAUGAGCUUUCUCGUCAGCGAGCUUUGUGCCGAGGUGGACGGGAAAUACAGAGGCAAGAAUUAGAUGAAAAAAUUGCCAAAGUUUCUAAAGAAAGGCAGGAACUUGCUUCUAAAAUUAAGGAGGUUCAAGGACGCCCACAGAAAACACAGAGUAUCAUCAUCUUAGAGUCCCAUGUCAUCUGCUGCACAUUGAGCACAAGUGGUGGUUUACUGCUAGAGUCUGCUUUUCGUGGGCAAGGGGGUGUUCCCUUCAGUUGUGUCAUUGUUGAUGAGGCUGGGCAGUCUUGUGAAGUUGAGACUCUUACUCCACUCAUCCAUCGCUGCAACAAGCUUGUUCUGGUAGGAGAUCCUAAACAGCUCCCUCCCACAGUUAUUUCUAUGAAAGCACAGGAGUAUGGCUAUGACCAAUCAAUGAUGGCUCGCUUCUAUAAACUACUGGAAGAGAACGUGGAACAGAACAUGAUCGGCAGACUGCCUAUUCUACAGCUUACUGUUCAGUACAGGAUGCAUCCAGACAUAUGUCUCUUCCCUUCUAAUUAUAUUUAUAACAGAACCUUGAAAACAAAUAGACAGACAGAAACCUUUCGAUGUUCAUCAGACUGGCCGUUUCAACCUUACCUUGUGUUUGAUGUCGGAGAUGGUUCAGAAAGACGGGAUAAUGACUCAUAUGUAAAUGUUCAAGAAAUAAAACUGGUGAUGGAAAUAAUUAAGCUUAUUAAAGACAAAAGAAGGGAUGUUACUUUUCGAAACAUUGGCAUAAUAACCCAUUACAAGGCCCAGAAGACAAUGAUUCAGAAGGAUUUGGACAAAGAGUUUGAUAGAAAAGGACCAGCAGAAGUAGAUACUGUGGAUGCUUUCCAGGGUCGUCAGAAGGAUUGUGUUAUUGUUACAUGUGUUAGAGCAAAUGCCAUGCAAGGCUCAAUUGGAUUCCUGGCAAGUUUGCAGAGGUUGAAUGUCACCAUUACACGAGCCAAGUACAGCCUCUUCAUCCUUGGACAUUUAAGGACCCUGAUGGAAAAUCAGCAUUGGAAUCACCUGAUUCAGGAUGCUCAGAAGCGUGGUGCCAUUAUUAAGACGUGCGACAAAAACUAUAGACAUGAUGCAAUGAAGAUUCUGAAACUCAAGCCUGUACUGCAGAGAAGUCUGACUCACCCCCCUACCAUAGCCCCAGAGGUGUCCAGACCACAGAGUGGCUUGCCCAGCAACAGUCUAGACAGUGGAUUUGUUUCUCCUCUAUACCACACACCCCCUGACUGCGGUGAAGCUGCUGUUACUUCAAAGGAUCCUGAAAGGCUGCCUGUUCAGGACUUACUUCGGGACCCACGACUGCUCAGGAGGAUGGGCGCUGAUGCCAAUGGAAAAUUCCUAAGGGAUCCACAAUCCUCGAGCCCCCAGCAUCCUGGAGCAACACCUCCUGUGGGCGAGCCAAGCUUUCCUAUCCCUCAGCAGGAUCUGGGUAGUGGUGUACAGCAGUCCACGGGGACUGCUCCGAGCAGCCACAAGCCUCACGUGCAGUGUGAGCCUCCAGCUGCCAGUGCUGAUGCUUCCAAUAGUAAGAGAAAGUGUAGUGACCUGGAAGAGGGGCUCAGUCACAGGAGAGAGACCAGGACUCUCAGUGAAGAGGAGCAGGAGAAGCAUGGCUCUGUGCCCCAUCACACCAACAGGAACUCUGAGUGGGACAAGAAGAGACUGGAGAGGGAGGAGGACAGCAGUUCCAAGAAAAGAAAACUUUCAUAGUAAAGCCAAAUAGUUGUAAACUUAUGAUGACCAGCUAAUAAGACUAUCCAGAUAAGAUUAUUUUUUCCUUUAAGGAGUUUGUGUGCUGUUGGAAAACAUGGAAAAUGUAUCCUAACACCUGAGCCUUUGGUCAUCUUCAGUACUUUUUGUCAGAUGCAAAAGCUUUCAGAGGGCAUUUGUGUAUCAGUAAUAAUGUCCUUGGAGACUCAAAAUGUUGAUUUCUUGUUCUUCUAUAGAAAAGGAGGUUAGACUGGAGUGAAUGUUGUAAAAGUUGAGAUGUAUAUUUGUAUAGCAAAUAACAAAACCCUUUUAAAAUUUAAUCUAGUAGGCCACUUUUCUUUCCCAUGCUUAAAAUGUUAAUCAUUUUCAACAGAAAAAAAACAUAAUAUU